AUGUUUUUCUAUGAUGCGUAUGAAUACAAGAAAGUAGUACACACAGGUUUAAAAGAGAAUGUGAGAAUAGUCGAUCCUAUGGAUACAGAUACUUUAAACAUAGUCGCCAAUGGUCAGGGAACACUAAAACAACAAAUACACAUUAACGGUCAUAAUAUAAUAUAUAACACUGUCUUCGCAUCUCUUGGUUUUGGUGGUAUAUCAGAGUCGGCAGAACACUUGGAGAUAGAUGUACUCAAUCAAUCUGAUAGCAAUAGUUACCGCGUUCAUCUAAUGUUCUAUUCAAGUAACGGAAUGAACAUUUUACGACUUGGAUUCAAAUAUCAAGGCUUGAGUGAGACGGCAGAGCAAGUCAAUAAUAUACAAUUAAAAGGGUUGAUAGCAGAAAGAAAUGAUUCAACCUAUUCCUUAUGUUUAGAAGUGAAAGGUGGUCAAAUAAUCCACGGCUCUGUUUUCGAGUGUUACCAAGGAUGUUUAAAAGGCUAUGCACCGACGUUUACUGGAAAUGCAAUCAAAAGAACUGUCGACUCAAUUGGGUUGAGAAACGGCAAUAUUUAUUUCAAAUUUAUGCCCACAAUGACGAGGGACGGGUCUCGGGUAUACGCCACUAAUCCAGCUAUUAUUGGAAACCAUCAAAUAAAUAUUCGUAGUACAGCGAGUAGAAUAUUCUGGACAAUACGAAAUCAUUCCUUAUCCUAUUCGGUUAAUCAAACGAUCACAAAUUAUCGAGUUUACUUAGACUCUAAUUGGCAUCUUGCGUACUCUAACAACCAGUUCGGAAAUUCCACGUAUGGUUUCCUAGCAUACCUCCGUGAUUUGGUUCUGAGUGGGAAGAGAGUUCGAGUUGCUGUUCAAGAUAGAAUAUACUCCGUGCAAAUGACUUCUAUAUUUGACAAAACUAUUAUGGUACAUUUAACCGAUAUGUAUGAUGGCAACGCAUGGAGCCAGAAAAAACCAAUUCACAUGCGACAACUAGUAUCAACUUCUGGUGAUUAUCAUUACUGUUCCUUUGAAUCAGAAUCAGAUGUGAAAAUUAAUGGUGCUUCUGGGAUGAAGCCUGUGGCGUGGUAUAUAGAGAAUCGAUGUUGGAGAAAGAUAAUAAGGUUUGAUUCGGAGAAAAAUAUUGUAUCAGGAUCCACCCAGGAACUAUUUGACGUCGCUUCAACCGGAAAAUCACUAAGAUUCAUCUUGGAAUAUGAGUCGUGUUCCGAUAUCUAUGAUGUAAUUCAAGUCCACCUUUUUAACACUAGCUUUGUUGUUAUGAAUUCGGUAUUUGGUAAUGUAAAAAGCGGUGUAUUAGAAUGCUCGAAAUGGUCCUACACUUUAUAUUCCACUGGGACCGUGGAAUUCUCCAGAUGGAAACCAGGGAGAAUCAUGUCUUUUAAUAGAUUGUUAGAAAAGUCCCAUCACUAUGUUCAAAUUUUAAGCGAAAUGUAA